GGCCAGCGGCCGGCGAAGGGGCCCCAAGAAGCACAAGUGGGCGCCGGCCGCGGCCGCCGCUGUUGUUGUUCUCAACGCGGUCCGCCGCCGAGCCAUAAAAGCCGCGCGGGGCGCGCGCCCGCCAGAGCGCAGCGCGCAAGCCCACGAGCUCCGGCCCGGCGGCUGCAGCGGCGGCCCCGCGUCUGCCUCGCUCCCGGGCCCCGGCCCGGCCCGGCCCCCGCCCCAGCCCUGCCGCCCGGCCCCGCGUCCGGCCGCGGCCGCUCCCGCCCGGAGCCGCCGCGCGCCCCCAGCCCCCCGGCGCCCCCGCGGGCCCUCGCCUUCCUCUUCCCCGCGCGGCCCCCGGGCUUCCGCGCCCCGCCCGCCACCAACCCGCUCGCCACCAUGUCGGUGGAGCUGGAGAAGGCCCUGCCGCUGACCGAGGGGGCGGCCCGCAAGGCGGCCAAGGCCGGCGGCUCGGCGCCGCUGACCCCGGCCAAGAAGAGGAAGAACAAGAAGAAGAAGAACCAGCCGGGCAAGUACAGCCAGCUGGUGGUGGAGACCAUCCGGCGGCUGGGCGAGCGCAACGGCUCGUCGCUGGCCAGGAUCUACGCGGAGGCCAAGAAGGUGGCGUGGUUCGACCAGCAGAACGGGCGCACCUACCUCAAGUACUCCAUCAAGGCGCUGGUGCAGAACGACACGCUGCUGCAGGUCAAGGGCACCGGCGCCAACGGCUCCUUCAAGCUCAACCGCAAGAAGCUGGAGGGCGGCGAGCGGCGCGGGGCCCCGGGGGCCGCCGGCCCCCCGCCGCCCGCCGCGCACAAGGCCAAGAAGGCGGCCCCGGGCGCGGCCGGGCCCCGGCGCGCGGACAAGGCGCCCGCGCCCGCCCCGCCGGCCGAGAAGCGCCCGCACAAGAAGGCGGCCGCCCCCAAGGACAAAGGCGGCGCGGCCAAGAAGGCGGCGGCCGCGGGGGGCAAGAAGGUGAAGAAGGCGGCCAAGCCCAGCGUCCCCAAAGUCCCCAACCGCCGCAAGUGAGCGCGCCCGGCCCGGCGCCGCGGGGUGCGGGGCGCGGGCCGGGGGGACGCGGGCCCGCUCCCCGCCCCUCCCCCUCCCCCUCCCCGGCGGGGUCGCGGGUUUUUUCGUUGUUGUUUGCUUUCGAUUUUUGAACCGGCCCUGGCGACGCCCCUAUUGGCUCUCGCCCCUGGCAACGGCCGUCGCCAUGGUGACCGGCCUCUGGGCGCCAACGGCGCGGACCGCGGCCGCGGGGUGCGGGACUCGGCCCCUCCUUGCCGCGGGCCUUGGUGUGGGGGCACAAUAAAUCGUUGAAACCUUGGA